CAGUCCUUUAAUAGCCAGCUAGCAGGCAACAGCUGGUAAUAUUUCUGAUUAGUGUUUCUACUUAGCAGAUGAAGCCGGUUUAAUUUAUAAACUAAUACAGGUUAAAACCAAAUAAAAUUGAUUUAUUUAAUGUGGUGUUAGUGAAAAAUACAUAGAAAAUAUAACAGCAAAUACAACCCUACAUCUGUUUAAAUAUAGGUGCAGUGUUUGUUUUUUUAACACACGUGAAGACAAAAAAAUAAAAGAUCUACAAAAUAAUUUAUGACAGAGGGAAUCUAAAAAUCAUUUUUCGAAAAUGUUCCCUUGGCAUGUGAAGAUAGAUGAGGAAGUUAAAAGAUAUCCUGAUCUGAAGUUAGAGGAUAUCCACACCAUUAGACAGUGGAUGAAAUCCCAGCCACAUUUACCUACAAUUGAUGACGAAGUGAUAGGCCAAUUCAUCUAUGCCUGCUAUUUUAAUCUGGAGCAAACGAAACGCACAAUAGAGACCUGCUAUACGUAUAAGGCUUCAAUGCCAGAAUUUUCAAAAAAUUGGGAUGUCACGUCUCCUAGUGUAGCAGAUGCCGGCGAAAAUUUACACAUUGUUCUCCUACAGGCUUGGACAAUGAUGGAAAUCAGGUGAUACUAUGUAAGCUAAACAAUAUGGCGGCUUCCCAAUAUGUAUUCAGCGAAUGUAUCAAGUGGAUUAUGAUGACUGUAUUUCUAUGUCAGCUGGAAAACGGUAUCAGACCAGGGUUCACUAUCGUCUAUGAUGCAGAUGGCUUUGGAAUGACACAUUUGUUCAAAAAUCCACUCAAUCAAGUCAAAAACUACAUUGCUUUUGGACAGAACGCUUCAAAUAUCAGGGUAACUGGUAUAAGAUUCAUAAAUUCAAGCAUUGUAAUAAAGAAGCUAAUAAGCUGGCUAAGGCCGUUCUUGAAUCAGGAAGUCAUGAAGAUGCUGAGUGUUCACACAGUAGCGGAUGAAUAUUUCAAAGAUAUUCCAAGAGAAAUAGUUCCUUCAGAUUAUGGUGGAGAUGGACCUUCAUUAGAGGAAUUAACAAAAAGUCAACGCGAGAAAAUGCUCAAAAUCAGAGAUCUACUGAUUGUUCAGGAACAAAUGUGCUGCGAUGAAACGAAGAGGGUGAAUGGUAAGAACAAGAAGAUUAACAAAGAGGAUGGAGACUACGAAACAGCGAGUGAAGAGGAAGAGAAAACUACGAAGAAGGAGAAGGAGAAUAAAAUAGAAACGACUCCUACAUUUGCUGGUUUAACCUUGGACUGAGAAACUGGUUUCAAAAUUAGUUUUGUAUCAAAUACUGAGUUCCGUAUCAAAUGAGUUUUGUAUCAAAUGAGUUGUGUAUCAAAUGCUGACUUCCGUAUCAAAUGAGUUUUGUAUCAAAUACUGAGUUCCGUAUCAAAUGAGUUUUGUAUUAAAUACUGAGUUCCGUUUCAAAUGAGUUGAGAUCUGUAUCAAAUGAGAUGUAUAAUAUUAUUAUGAAAUGAGUUGUGUAUCAAAUACUGACUUCCGUAUCAAAUGAGUUUUGUAUCAAAUACUGAGUUCCGUAUCAAAUGAGUUUUGUAUUAAAUACUGAGUUCCGUUUCAAAUGAGUUGAGAUCUGUAUCAAAUGAUAUGUAUAAUAUUAUUAUCAAAUGAGUUGUGUAUCAAAUACAGAGUUCCGUAUCGAAUGAGUUCUGUGUCAAAUGAGAUGUAUAAUAUUAUUAUCAAAUGAGUUGUGUAUCAAAUACUAAGUUCCGUAUCAAAUGAUUUAAGUUUUGUAUCAAAUAAGCUGGGUUGUUUCAAAUGAGUUUUGUAUCAAAUACUGACUUCCGUAUCAAAUACGUUGAGUUCUGUAUCAAAUGAGAUGUAUAAUAUUAUAAUCAAAUGAGUUGUUUAUCAAAUACUGAGUUCCGUAUUAAAUACGUUUUGUAUCAAAUCAGUUUUGUCUACUUAGUGCCAAUUGCACAAAAGCCGGUUAAAUUUUAACCGUGAUUAAUUACACGAAAACCAAUCAGAGAAGUCCUUUUAGAGGAGACGGCUUCUCUGAUUGGUUCCCGUGAAAUAAAUCACGGUUAAAAUUUAACCAGCUUUUGUGCAACUGGAAUACAUAUUUUGUGGUGAUGGAAUAAAACUUGGAAAGUUUAUUGAUUCAGUUGAAAUAAAAUUAACUAAAUUAAUUCAGUUGAAAUAACAGAUGUUUUCUUGUGAUGAUGAAAAGAUGGAAUAAAACUUGGAAAGUUUAUUAAUUCAGUUGGAAUUAAAUUAAUUCAGUUGAAAUAACAGAUGCUUUCUAACUGUUAAAAUAUCAACAAAGCCUGCCCAAUCAUUCCAUAAGUAUUUUAUUUAUUUCAUUCCUAUGAUUGUAUUGUGAAGUAUUAAAUAAUAUAUAAAAAUCAAAAUUUA